AAGAAUACCAGCCUGUGUGAUCACGAGGUGUCGAAGGGAUCAGCAUGGCUUACUCUGAAGAGCAAGGAGGUGUCCCCAGUGGGUUCAUCCGCCAGAAUUCCAGCAACUCCAUUUCUUUGGACUUUGAGCCCAACACAGAAUACCAGUUUGUGGAGCAACUGGAAGAGCGCUACAAAUGUGCCUUCUGCCGCUCAGUGCUCCACAACCCCCACCAGACCGGCUGUGGACACCGCUUCUGCUACCAGUGCAUCCUGUCCCUGAGAGAAUUAAAUGCAGUGCCAAUCUGCCCUGUAGAUAAGGAAGUUAUCAAGUCUCAGGAGGUGUUUAAAGACAAUUGCUGCAAAAGGGAAGUGCUCAAUUUAUAUGUCUAUUGCAAAAACGCUCCUGAGUGUACUGCCAAGAUAAUCCUCGGGCGAUACCAGGACCACCUUCUGCAGUGCUCAUUUCAAGCUGUGCCGUGUCCCAAUGAGAGCUGUCAGGAACCUAUCCUACGGAGAGAUCUCAACGAACAUUUGAACGCCUACUGCCAGUUUCGAGAGGCAAACUGCCUUUAUUGCAAAAAGCGCGUGGUGGUCAUCAACUUGCAGAAUCACGAGGAAAAUGUGUGUCCUGAGUACCCAGUAUCUUGUCCCAACAAGUGUUUGCAGAUUCUUUCAAGGACACAGGUGGUUCAGCACCUUGCUGUGUGCCCUGAAGCAGAGCGAGACUGUCCAUUUAAGCACUAUGGCUGCACUGUGAAGGAUAAACGGGAGAACCUGAAGGAGCAUGAGCAUUCCGCACUGAGGGACCACAUGCUUCUGGUAUUAGAAAAGAAUGUCCAGUUAGAGGAACAGAUUUCUGAUUUAUGCAAGAGCUUAGAACAGAAAGAAAGUAAAAUCCAGCAGCUAGCAGAAACUGUCACCAAAUUUGAAAAGGAGUUCAAGCAGUUGUCACCGUUGCUGGGCAAAAAUGGAAACCUGCCCGCCAGCAUCCAGGCUCUUGCCAGUCACAUUGACAAAGUGGCUUGGCUGGAAGCUCAAGUAUAUCAGCUCCAGCAAAUGGCUAACCAGCAACAAAGUAAACUUGACCUGAGGCUUCUGGUGGACGAGAUUGAUACAAUUAAACAGAAGAUCACCCUGCUAGAAACCAAUGAUCGGAGAUUAGUUGUUUUGGAAGGACAGACGCACCAGCACGACGCCCACAUUAAUACUCAUAAAGCCCAGCUGAAUAAGAAUGAAGAGCGGUUCAGGCUGCUGGAGGGGGCCUGCUACAAUGGGAAGCUCAUCUGGAAGGUGACAGACUACCGGAUGAAGAAGCGGGAGGCACUGGACGGGCACACGGUCUCCAUCUUCAGCCAGCCCUUCUACACCAGCCGCUGUGGCUACCGGCUCUGCGCUCGCGCUUACCUGAACGGGGACGGGUCCGGGAAGAGCACACACCUGUCGCUGUACUUCGUGGUGAUGCGAGGGGAGUUUGACUCGCUGUUGCAGUGGCCAUUCAGGCAGAGGGUGACCCUGAUGCUUUUGGACCAGAGUGGUAAAAAGAACCACAUUAUGGAGACCUUCAAGGCCGACCCCAAUAGCAGCAGCUUUAAAAGGCCCGAUGGGGAGAUGAACAUCGCCUCUGGGUGCCCCCGCUUCGUGGCCCACUCCACACUGGAGAAUGCCAAGAACACCUACCUGAAAGACGACACCCUGUUCUUGAAAGUGACUGUGGACUUAACCGACCUGGAGGAUCUCUAGUCCUGGUUUCUGCGGUGAUGCGAGGACGUGUGGGUCCGGGCCCAUGGAGGGGGCCACCUUGACGGCUGUGUCAACUGGAUCUGGACGCUGUAUACAUUGAUGUCGGGCCUUUGGCCUUAAUUGGCUAGAAGCUCCGGAAGGGCUGUUACCGCUACACUGCACUGUGUUCCAGUUGGAAACGGAAAGCACUUGGACUAUCAUUAUUUAUAUGUUUGUGUAACUUUAAGCAGAGGAUAAGUUUCCUGACAGCAAGUUCCAGGGCUCAUCUCUUCUCCAGGUGCUUGGCACAGUGCUCCUACAUAAACACUCUCUAAUAUGGAAUGUUAGUGCGAGCUGGCACUGCAGAUCCAAAUAGAAGCUGAUAUGAUACUUUA